AAUAAAGAAAAGAUGAUGAGAGAGAAUUUCUGAACCCUGAACCCCUAGUGAAAGCACAAAAUUGAGCUCUAAUGGCUACUUCUUCAUCAUCAUCAUCAUUUCUAAUCAAGCAAUCUACUGUGAUUACUCCUUCUACUAACGUGCGCCAUCAGAAUGUCAAUUUCUUUAGUCCAAAACCUUUUCCUCUUGUGAACAGAAAUGGUUCUUCCACUAGACUGUUUGCUGCUUCAAAAAAGAAGACUGAAGAGAUUAUAAGUACUGUUAAGCAAGUACAGGAAGAACGAAAACCAUUACAGGAGGAUGAAGAAGAAGUUGAAGAGGAUUUACCAUGGAUUCAAGAGAAAGCAUUGGAUGUAGUUGAGUUUACUGGUUCAGUUACUCAAGCUUUACCUGGUCCUAGAGUUGGUCAAAGUAAAUUACCAUGGCUUCUUGCUGUUCCUUUAGGUUAUUUAGGGAUUACGUUUGUUAUUGCGUUUGUUAAGACUGUUCGGAAGUUUAAUUCGCCUAAAGAGAAGAGACGAAAAUUGGUGAAUAAGAAUGCUUUCUUAUGCAUAUCAAUAGAUGAGUUGUUUCAGAAGGGAAGAGAUGCUGUGGAACCAUCCAGUCUCAAGGAGCUUAUGCAAAAGACAGGUUUUGGGAUGGAGGAGAUCUUGAGGAAGUAUGUUCGGUAUGCAAUGAAUGAAAAGCCCUUCAACCCGGAUAUGGUAGCUGAUCUAAUCCAACUCAGAAAAGCUUCAAUGCUGAAUGAUAAUGAGGUUGCUGAAAUUCUAAAUGAGAUUUCAAGACGAAUUGUACGGGACAAAGGUCCUGUUGUCAUGGAUAUUUCUGGAUACUCAGAGAAGGGUUUCAAGAGAAAACUUGCUGUGCAGGCCCUUUUUGGGAAGAUUUUUUAUCUAUCAGAGCUACCGGAGUUCGGUUCGAGGGAAAGCUCCUUGAUCAUAAAGGACAUAUUUGGUGUUACAGAUGAAGAUGCAAUUACUCUCCGAACACAUACUCUGUCUGAGUCUGGGGAUGUGGAGUCACUGCAAAAGAUGCUUGGAAAUUCGAAUCCUGAAGAACCCAAUGAAGGAUCAUCCAUUGCUUCUGAUGAUUAAUGCGUAAGAUACCUCAGAUAUUCAAAUGCAGGGGCAUUAGUGGAAGAACAGUGUUAGGUUUAGCUUGAUGUUCCUUUAGCAAACCGUCAGCAACAUCAUCUUCAAUUUACUUUUGGUUGUAUAUACUGAUAAGAUUUUGGGAAGUCCCUUUCCCCUACCCUAUACUCAGUAACAUAUGCAUUUUUGCCGAACAAUCAGUGACUAUUUUACCGGGAGAUUUAAUAAUAAAAAAAGAGAAAGAUGUAGCCAAGGGGUAUGGGGAAUUUUUGCAGUAGAUUUGCAGAUUUAAUCAAGUAAGCUGAUGUUUCUUUUC